AUGCCAGCCAUCCUGGUGGCCUCCAAAAUGAAAUCGGGACUACCUAAACCCGUACACAGCGCUGCUCCCAUCCUGCAUGUCCCGACGGCCAGGACCAUCCCGCAACCCUGUUACCUGAAGUUUGGGAACAAGGUGGAGGUGACCAAGCCAUCGUAUUCCAGCCAGAUCCCCCUCAAAUCACCUCAUGGACAUGAGAAUGCGGGGGAUGGGUUCCCCCCCAGGAAGAGUAACUCUCUAGAAAAUGGAUUUGACACACAGAUUUACACGGAUUGGGCUAAUCACUAUCUCGCAAAAUCUGGUCACAAACGAUUGAUCAAGGACCUACAGCAAGAUGUGACUGAUGGAGUCUUACUGGCUGAAAUCAUCCAGGUUGUAGCAAAUGAAAAGAUUGAAGACAUCAAUGGCUGUCCAAAGAACAGAUCUCAAAUGAUUGAAAACAUAGAUGCAUGUCUGAGUUUCUUGGCUGCCAAGGGAAUAAACAUACAGGGUCUAUCAGCAGAGGAAAUCAGGAAUGGGAAUCUAAAGGCCAUUCUAGGACUUUUCUUCAGCUUGUCUCGGUAUAAGCAGCAGCAGCAGCAGCCACAGAAACAACAUCCGCAGCACCAUCCAUCUCAGCAACCUCCAACAGUAUCCCAGCAACCAGGGCUUCCAUCCCAGUGUCCGGUCGGGGUGCAACAGCAACAGAUGCAACAGAUGCCGGCUUCACCCCAAACACAGUGCCAACAGCCCCAGCAAGCUGCACAUCAUCAAUUAAAAGCACAACCAGAAAUGCAGUCAAGUGCAUCACCCAGGGACUCAUCUCAAAGCAAAAUCAUCCGAUUCACUCUCGGUCAGAAAAAGACUUCUAGACUUCCAGGUCCCACCACGAGGGUAUCUGCUGCAGGCAGCGAAACCAAAACUCGUGGGUCUAUCAGUGCCAGCAACCGGCGCAGCCAGAGCUUUAACAACUACGACAAAUCCAAACCUGUUAAUCCACAACCACCUCCAUCAAAUAGCAAUGAAAAAGAGCCAGCAGACAGUACAGCCUCCCAGUCCACAGGAAUGAAUGAAAAUGUACCAUCUUCAGUUCAAAGCAGCAGCAGUACAAAUGCUGUUAGUUGCAAUAACUCAUCGGCCAUACCCCAGCCCAGCUCUGCCAUUAAACCCUGGCGCAGCAAGUCCCUUAGUGCGAAGCACACAGCCACGUCUUCCAUGUUAUCUGUAAAGCAGCCAAUUCCAGAGUCUCCAAAACCACCUUCAGAAAUGGUCAAAGCAACUCCCAAUGGUCAAAAAUCCAUGCUUGAGAAAUUAAAACUCUUCAAUAGCAAAGGAGGCUCCAAAGCAGGAGGAACAUCCCUUGAGUGCUCAGGGUCUCGGGACACUAGCUGUGAAAGACUAGAGGCACUUCCCAGCUUUGAGGAAAGUGAAGAGAUAGAUGUUGCAAAUCGGAAUAUGAACAACCCAGGACCAACAUCCAGUAGCCCCAAAAUUGCACUGAAGGGCAUUGCACAAAGAACUUUUAGCCGGGCACUGACUAAUAAGAAAAGUUCCCCAAAGGGCAGUGAGAAAGAGAAACAGAAAGAGAAGGAAAAGGAUAAAAGCAAAGACAUUGCAAAAAGGAUAUCCGUAACGGAGAAGCAGGAGAUGAAAGAGGAGCCAAAAGAAGAACAGACAGCACCAGCUACAACAGAGAUGCCAAAAAAGUCCUCCAAGAUUGCAAGCUUUAUCCCUAAAGGAGGAAAGCUGAAUAGUGCCAAGAAGGAGGCCUCUGCCCCUUCGCACAGUGGCAUACCAAAACCAGGAAUGAAAAACACCACAGGGAAAUCCUCAAGUGCCCCAACUUCUGCAAAGGAAGGUGAGAGAAGCCGCAGUGGAAAACCUGGCUCAGGGCUCUCUCAACAGAAGACCCAACUAGACAGCAGGAAUUCCAGUUCCACUUCAAGUUUAGCCUCCUCAGAAGGAAAAGGGAUAGGAGGGGUGUCUGCUCUUAACAGUAGCAGCAGCACCCAAGCUGUCAAUGGGCCAGUUAGUACCACACAGACUACCGGAAGCAAUACUGUGAGUGUUCAGCUACCUCAUCCACAACAGCAAUACAACCACCCGAACACUGCCACAGUAGCUCCUUUCAUGUACAGAUCACAGACAGACAAUGAAGGGAAUGUAACAGCUGAGUCCGGCACGGGAGGGGUGAGCAUGGAUACUGCUCUUUACACUAAAACUGGACAGCCUGGUCUCGAAGACCUUUCAGGGGAGGAUCCAGAAACUCGACGAUUGCGAACCGUCAAGAACAUUGCCGAUCUUCGACAGAACUUAGAGGAGACCAUGUCCAGCUUACGGGGAACCCAGGUCUCUCACAGCACAUUGGAGACCACGUUUGACACCAAUGUCACUACUGAAAUAAGCGGUCGCAGUAUUCUCAGCUUGACUGGAAGACCAACGCCUUUAUCGUGGAGACUUGGGCAGUCCAGCCCCCGCCUUCAGGCAGGUGAUGCUCCAUCAAUGGGAAAUGGGUAUCCUCCAAGAGCCAAUGCCAGCCGUUUCAUCAACGCUGAGUCUGGGCGUUAUAUGUAUUCAGCACCUUUGAGGAGACAGCUAGCAUCCCGCGGUAGUAACGUUUGUCACAUGGACAUCUCAGAGAAGGGUGGUGAUGAGAUAGAUCUUGAAACCAUCAGCAUGGAUGCCACUGGCUAUAUGAGCGAUGGCGACGUUCUGGGCAAGAAUAUAAGGACUGAUGACAUUACGAGUGGGUACAUGACUGAUGGUGGUUUGGGCCUGUACACUCGUAGACUGAAUCGGCUACCAGAUGGGAUGGCUGCAGUGCGGGAGACACUGCAGCGUAACACCUCACUGGGACUAGGAGAUGCUGACAGCUGGGAUGACAGCAGCUCUGUCAGCAGUGGGAUCAGUGACACCAUAGAUAACCUCAGCACCGAUGACAUUAACACCAGCUCCUCCAUCAGCUCCUAUGCCAACACACCUGCCUCCUCCCGUAAAAACAUAGAUGCACAGACUGAUGCAGAAAAGCAUUCGCAGGUUGAGCGGAAUUCCCUGUGGUCCAGUGAUGAAGUCAAGAAAUCUGAUGGAGGAUCAGAUAGUGGCAUAAAGAUGGAGUCUGGAUCUAAAUGGAGGCGAAAUCCUUCCGAUGUGUCUGAUGAAUCUGAUAAAAGCACUUCUGGUAGGAAGAACACUGUCAUUUCACAGACUGGUUCCUGGAGACGGGGCAUGUCAGCUCAGGUUGGCAUUACUACACCGAGGACUAAACCUUCAACUACCUCAGGCUCACUGAAGACACCUGGAACAGGGAAAACUGAUGAUGCCAAGGUAUCAGAAAAAGGUAGACUUUCUCCUAAAGCUGGACAUGUUAAACGUUCUCCAUCAGAUGCAGGACGCAGCAGUGGUGAUGAAUCCAAAAAGCCUCCCACAAGUAACUCUAGAACAGCUGCUGCUAAUACAAAUACAUUUGGAUUUAAGAAACCGAGUGGGUCAGCUGGCGGCAUGACUAUGAUUACUGCCAGUGGCGCGACUAUCACCAGCAGAUCAGCCACACUGGGCAAAAUCCCCAAAUCAUCUGGACUCAUGGGUCGGUCCACUGGUCGGAAAACUAGUGUUGAUGGCUCACAAAACCAGGACGAUGGCUACUUAGCACUUAGUGCCCGCACUAAUCUUCAGUAUCGUAGUUUACCCAGACCCAGUAAAUCCAGUAGCAGAAGUGGAGCUGGUAAUAGAUCUAGUACCAGUAGCAUAGACUCCAACAUAAGCAGCAAGUCAGCUGGGUUGCCUGUCCCUAAAAUGAGAGAUCCAGCUAAGGUAUCCCUCGGAAGCUCUCUGCCAGGUCUAGUCAACCAAACAGAUAAAGAGAAAGGGAUAUCGUCUGACAAUGAAAGUGUGGCUUCAUGUAAUUCUGUUAAAGUGAACCCUGCAUCACAGACUGCUUCUAGUGGAGCUCAAAGCACUCACCAACAAGGAGCCAAGUACCCUGACGUGGCCUCCCCCACUUUGCGCAGACUUUUUGGUGGAAAACCAAGUAAACAAGUUCCCAUCACAACAGCUGACAAUAUGAAAAAUUCAGUGGUGAUCUCCAAUCCUCAUGCUACCUUGAGCCAGCCGGGUAACCUUGAUUCUCCUUCUGGCAGCGGUAUACUGAGCAGUGGGGGCAGCAGUCCUCUUUACAGUAAAAACACAGAUAUGAACCAGUCUCCGUUAGCCUCUAGUCCCAGUUCGGCUCAUUCAGCUCCCUCCAACAGUUUAACUUGGGGUACCAACGCAAGUAGCUCUUCCGCUGUUAGCAAGGAUGGCAUUGGAUAUCAGUCUGUCAGCAGUCUUCACACCAGCUGUGAAUCCAUUGAUAUCUCUCUCAGCAGCGGAGGUGGGCUGAGCCAUAACUCGUCCAGUGGCUUGAUCACCGCUUCUAAAGAUGAUUCUUUGACUCCCUUUGUCAGAACCAACAGUGUUAAGACAACUUUGUCUGAAAGCCCUCUCUCUUCCCCUGGUGCUAGUCCCAAAUUCUGCAGAAAUACUUUACCCAGGAGACAGGACAGCGACCCACAUCUUGAUAGGAACACUUUGCCUAAGAAGGGAUUCAGGUAUACCCCUUCAUCCCAACUUCGGAGUCAAGAGGAUGCAAAAGAAUGGCUACGUUCACAUUCAGCAGGAGGCCUUCAGGACACUGCUGUCAAUUCUCCAUUUUCAUCUGGCUCCAGUAUAACAUCACCCUCUGGAACUAGAUUUAAUUUCUCCCAGCUUGCAAGCCCUACUACUGCGGUCCAGAUGAGCUUGUCAAAUCCAACCAUGCUACGGACGCACAGCCUUUCCAAUGCAGAUGGUCCUUAUGAUCCUUACAGUGACACACGCUUCCGGAAUAGCUCAAUGUCACUAGAUGAGAAGAGUAGAACUAUGAGCCGCUCUGGGUCAUUCCGUGAUGGCUUUGAAGAAGUGCAUGGAUCCUCUCUCUCCUUGGUGUCCAGUACAUCAUCUAUUUAUUCAACGCCUGAAGAAAAAUGCCAGUCAGAGAUUCGCAAGCUACGAAGGGAGUUGGAUGCAUCCCAGGAGAAGGUGUCGGCUCUAACAACUCAGUUGACUGCUAAUGCUCACCUUGUGGCAGCGUUUGAGCAGAGCCUUGGAAAUAUGACUAUUAGACUACAGAGUCUGACUAUGACAGCAGAACAAAAGGAUUCAGAACUGAAUGAGUUAAGGAGAACCAUUGAACUCCUGAAAAAGCAGAAUGCUGCUGCCCAAGCUGCCAUUAAUGGAGUAAUUAACACACCUGAGCUCACCUGCAAAGGUACUGGGACUGCCCAACCUGCUGACCUGCGAAUCAGAAGGCAACACUCUUCAGAUAGUGUCUCUAGUAUUAACAGUGCUACUAGUCACUCCAGCGUGGGAAGCAACAUCGAGAGUGAUUCAAAGAAAAAGAAGAGGAAGAACUGGGUCAAUGAGUUACGCAGCUCCUUCAAGCAAGCAUUUGGUAAAAAGAAAUCCCCCAAGUCAGCAUCUUCUCAUUCAGAUAUUGAGGAGAUGACUGAUUCGUCAUUACCUUCAUCACCAAAGCUACCACACAAUGGCUCAACUGUUUCUACCCCGUUGCUCAGAGCUUCUCAUUCCAAUUCUCUUAUUUCUGAAUGUACUGACAGUGAAGCUGAAACAGUCAUGCAGUUACGCAACGAGCUAAGAGACAAAGAGAUGAAACUGACUGAUAUUCGUCUGGAGGCCCUUAGCUCUGCCCACCAGCUAGACCAGCUUCGGGAAGCUAUGAACAGGAUGCAGAGCGAGAUUGAGAAGUUAAAAGCAGAAAAUGACCGGUUGAAGUCUGAAAACCAUGGCAGCUGUAGCAGGGCUCAGUCUCAGGUUUCCAUUUCAUCCUCGCCAAGACAGUCCAUGGGUCUCUCUCAGCACAGCCUGAACCUCACAGAGUCUACCAGCCUCGACAUGCUAUUAGAUGACCCUGGUGAUGGCUGUGCCCGGAAGGAAGGAGGCAGGCAUGUUAAAAUAGUUGUUAACUUUCAGGAUGAAAUUAAAUGGAAGGAGGAUUCCAGGCCCCGCCUCUUCCUCAUUGGCUGCAUUGGAGUCAGUGGCAAGACAAAAUGGGAUGUACUGGAUGGGGUUGUUAGACGGUUAUUUAAGGAAUAUAUCAUUCAUGUGGAUCCAGUGAGUCAGCUAGGAUUGAAUUCAGACAGUGUUUUGGGAUACAACAUUGGGGAAAUCAAACGCACAAAUAGUGCCGAGACACCUGAACUGCUGCCCUGUGGCUAUCUGGUUGGCGAAAACAACACCAUCUCAGUUACUAUCAAAGGUAUCUGUGAGAACAGUUUGGACUGUCUGGUGUUUGAGUCACUGAUUCCAAAGCCUAUACUUCAGCGAUAUGUCUCUCUCUUAAUGGAACAUAGACGGAUUAUCUUGUCUGGGCCAAGUGGCACUGGUAAAACGUACCUAGCAAAUCGUCUUUCUGAGUUUAUGGUACUUAGAGAGGGCAGAGAGCUGGCUGAUGGAGUUAUUGCAACCUUCAACGUGGAUCAUAAGUCCAGUAAGGAACUGCGUCAAUACUUGUCCAACCUUGCUGACCAAUGUAAUAGCGAAAAUAAUGCUGUGGAUAUGCCUCUUGUCAUCAUUCUGGACAAUUUGCAUCAUGUUAGCUCCCUAGGAGAGAUCUUCAAUGGGCUUCUGAACUGCAAGUACCAUAAAUGUCCUUACAUUAUUGGCACAAUGAACCAGGCCACAUCCUCAACACCUAACCUUCAACUACACCACAAUUUCAGAUGGGUGCUAUGUGCUAACCACACUGAGCCAGUCAAGGGCUUUCUUGGCCGUUUCCUGAGACGAAAACUAAUUGAAACAGAAAUCAGUGGUAGGAUGAGAAAUGGAGAACUGGUUAAAAUCAUUGACUGGAUUCCCAAGGUCUGGCAGCAUCUCAACAAGUUCUUGGAGGCUCACAGUUCCUCUGAUGUUACUAUUGGUCCACGACUCUUUCUGUCUUGUCCAAUAGACGUGGAUGGUUCUAGGGUCUGGUUUACUGACUUGUGGAACUACUCUAUUAUCCCAUAUCUUUUGGAGGCAGUCAGAGAAGGACUACAGUUGUAUGGAAGGAGAGCUCCCUGGGAGGAUCCAGCCAAAUGGGUAAUGGACACGUAUCCCUGGGCAGCCACCCCACAGCACCACGAGUGGCCUCCGUUGCUGCAACUGCGGCCUGAAGAUGUUGGAUUUGAUGGGUACUCAAUGCCACGGGAAGGUUCAACUAGCAAACAAGUUCCCCCGAGUGACGCUGAAGGAGAUCCUUUGAUGAACAUGCUAAUGAGACUGCAAGAGGCAGCCAACUAUUCGAGCCCCCAGAGUUAUGACAGUGACUCCAACAGCAACAGCCAUCAUGAUGACAUCCUUGACUCAUCCUUGGAGUCGACGUUGUGA